AUGUAUUUAUUCGAGCCUGGAUUGGGAGAAGAUGUGAUCACUGUCUUGAGCGAAGUCGACUCGCAGAAACUCGUUCUACAAUAUGCUCCGCGAGUGAACCUAUCACUAGGUUCCAAGCAUCGCUUACGUGAAGGUGGUCCAGCGUUGCUUGCCUGCAGUGUUGACGCGAAGCCUUUCGAUGAUAUACGAAUAACCUGGUUCAAAAAUGGAAAUCAACCGCUUCAGCAAACCACUGAUACAUUGAUCUUCGAAGCCGUUAAAAUGGAAGAUCAUCGAAGUGAAUACACGUGCCAAGCAUCAAACGCCAUUGGUACCAACCGUGCUUCGUUCAAAAUGGAUGUGUCAUGUGAGCGCUGGCAUUUUUCAUCUUAA